AUUGUCUCUGUGUGUUUCCAGGAUGGUGGUCUCCUCAUCAACAACCCCACAGCGUUGGCCAUCCAUGAGUGUAAGCUGCUGUGGCCCAACACCCCAGUGCAGUGUGUUGUCUCCCUGGGUACGGGUCGCUAUGAGACCGUCAACAAGAACAACACCACCUCCACCAGUCUCAAAGCAAAGAUCACCAACGUCAUCAGCAGUGCCACCGACACAGAGGAGGUCCACAUCAUGCUGGACGCCCUCCUUCCACCCAACACCUACUUCCGUUUCAACCCCUACAUGAGCGAGGACAUCCCAUUGGACGAGAGCCGCCCGGAGAGGCUGACCUUCCUGCAGGAGGAAGGAACUCGCUACCUGGAGAGGAACGAAGCCAAGCUGAACAAGGCAGCGUCGGUGCUGGCUCUGGAGAAGAGCGCCAUCCAGAGGCUGGCUGAAUGGUGCAAACUGAAGGCCGACAUGUACGAGGGCUUGCCCUUCAUCUCCAAACUGUAGGGGACGUCUAGAGGUGAAAGGUCAGACAGGCUGAGAGACACUCAUUUAGACUGAUUAUGAAGAUAAUAUAGGAGCUGUAAAGGUCUGACAUGGACGAGGGCCCUUCAUCUCCAAACUAUAGGAAGAGACCUGCAGAGGUUAAAGUUCAAAAGGCACUGCAGGCGGUAGCUGCUGAGAAACUCAUUUAGACUUGAAAAUAAACAUCAUGUGCUUUGAUAUGACUCCAUCAGUGGAGGCUGGUGGAAGAAUCUAUAGGAGGAAAGGCUCAUUGUAAUGGUCGGAAUGGAAUAAAUGGAACUGAGUCAAACGUGGUUUCCAUAGGUUUGAUGUGUUUCAUACCGUUCCAUUGAUUCCAUUCCAGCCAUUACAAUGAGCCCAUCCUCCUACAGCUCCUCCAACCAGCCUCCUCUGGACUCCAUAUCUUCUUGAUGCAGAUCAUGUGAUAUGACUGCGGUCCAUUUGAACUUCUGCUGCUCAGGCAGGAUGUUGACCUUUGACCUGUGAGGUGGUACAGAAGUUGUAGUGUUUCUGAAAGGGGUUUGGCUGGUUGGGCUGAAGGAAUCAACCUUUGCCUGGUCCUAAAUAAAGUGCCACUGUGAUGAGAGCACACAGGCAGCCCAAUUCUAAUAUUUUGCCCCCCUAAAAAUCAGAUAUUUUGCCAAUAAUUGGGCUAAAUACCUGAGUUGGGCUGCCUGUGUAAACAGCCAUAAUGGUGUGAAUGGUAGACAGGCAUAGCCAUUUACUGUCUUGAUUUAAGAGUGCAGGUUUUGCAGGGAAGGUGUUUUUGACAACCACCUACUUAACAUGUACUGACUGGUAUGUCAGAUAUUCAGGGUCUGUUAUUAGCAACUCAUUCUAAUGUAAUUACUGUAAAUAUGUUGUAAGUAACUGACAUUGGUGUCACCUCAUUUAAAUGCUUCAAACUUGAACUAGGCAUGUAAAGUAGAAUGCUAUCAAACAUGUAAUUAUGCCUUUUCUCACAGAUGAAUUAAAUCAUGCACUUUGUAAAUGGUCA